CAAGCCUUCCCAGACACCGACCAAACACUUUCUAUCAGCAUUCUUUGUGCAUGAGCAAUGCAUGGGUGGGAAGCCCCAUCUGCUGCUCCCCUCCUUCCCUGAAGUGCAGCACAACAUUGCUGGUACCUAAUCUCUUGUGUGAUUUUUGAGUGUUUGAUGUGCUCUGCUGCUUUAGAGGACUGUGUGACCUCUGUAGCUGUGCUUUGCAACACUAAUAUAUUGCAGAACUGGCAUUUAGCCUCUUGCAAUACCACUAUUUCCAGUGUCAGCAGGAAUGAGGAACUGGACUGUAAUGAUUGCAUCCAGUAUCACAAAGCUUCUCAAGUUUUUACUUCAAAGAAUGACCUCUGUCACAGGCAAUGUGGAAGGAAGUUUGCUUGAGAGAAUAUUUGGAAAAUGGUGCCCAGACUUCAUAUGUUCAGGAUCUCUAUAUUCAGUCUACAACUUCAAGCUCUGUUCUUCACCAAAUUCCUGGAAAGCAUGGCUGAGGCAGUGUUUCAGAGAGUUUUCAAAGCUGCGUUGUCUGCUUCAUCUCUGCAGCAAAAUGGAUCUGUAGUUUUUACAGAUAGUGCCCACCUCAGCCUUGUGCUGCUCUUUAAGGCAGGAAUGUCCUUCUCAUCCCUUUCAGCGCUGGAGACUGAGAUCUUCCACUACAUUGAUGCACAUCAAAGUGACUUCAUUGAGGAUCUCGAGGAAUGGGUGGCUGUGGAAAGCGAUUCUGUGCAACCAGAUCUGAGGACAGAAGUGAUACGAAUGAUGUCAUUGGCAGCAGCCAGGCUUGCAGCUUUGGGAGCCACUGUUAAUUCAGUAAGCCUGGGGUCACAGCAGUUGCUGAAUGGCCAGCACCUUCCACUGCCACCUGUCAUUCUCGGGGAACUUGGCAAGGAUCCCCAAAACCUCACGAUCUGUUUCUAUGGUCACGUGGAUGUGCAGCCUGCCAAAAAGGAAGAUGGCUGGAAAACUGACCCUUACACAUUGACUGAAAUCAAUGGAAAUCUCUAUGGGCGUGGAGCAACAGAUAAUAAAGGACCUGUGUUGGCGUGGAUAAAUGCAGUGGAAACGUUUACAGCUUUGAAAAUAGCUAUGCCAGUAAACUUCAAGUUUGUUAUUGAAGGUAUGGAGGAAGCAGGGUCCUUGGGGCUGGAGAAGCUACUUGAAGAAGAAAAACAGUGCUUUUUCUCAGACGUUGAUUACAUUGUGAUUUCGGACAACCUCUGGCUCAGCAAGAAGAAGCCUGCCCUCAUAUAUGGGACUCGGGGCAAUGCCUGCUUCUCUGUGGAGGUGGAAGGUGGUGACAAGGAUCUUCACUCUGGAACUUUUGGAGGCAUCAUUCACGAGCCGCUGACAGACCUGAUAGCUCUGCUGGGCAGCCUUGUAGAUCCCACAGGUUGUAUUCAGAUCCCUGGAAUCUAUGACACUGUUGCUGCCCUGACAGAUGAGGAGAAGAAAUCGUAUGAAUCCAUCGAAUAUGAUAUAGAGGAACACAAAAAUAAUAGUGGAGUGAAAAAAUUCCUCUACGGCACCAAGGAAGAAAUACUUCUACACCUGUGGCAUUAUCCUUCUCUCUCUAUUCAUGGGAUUGAAGGAGCUUUUCAUGAACCAGGAAUUAAAACAGUAAUUCCAGCUAAAGUCACAGGAAAAUUCUCAAUCCGCCAAGUCCCCUACAUGGAUCUUUCAGUUGUGAAACAACAGGUGGUGGACCAUUUGGAGAAUGUAUUUGCCAAGAGGAACAGUCCAAACAAACUGAAAGUGUCCAUGCCCCUGGGUGCCAUGCCGUGGAUCGCUGAUGUUAAUGAUCCACUAUAUAAAGCAGCAAGAAGGGCAAUAAAAACAGUUUUUGGAGAAGAUCCAGAUUUUAUUCGGGAUGGUUCAACAAUUCCUAUUGCCAGAAUCUUUCAGACUAUAACACAGAAAAGGGUGAUAAUGUUUCCGAUUGGAGCAGCUGAUGAUGGGGAACACUCCCAGAAUGAGAAAAUAAGCAGACACAACUACAUUGAAGGAACAAAAGUGUUUGCAGCCUUUUUCCUGGAGAUAUCAAAGCUACAUGGGCAGUCACAUGAAACUUCCAGCCUGGGGACCAGCAACUGACAGACACUCACAACCAAAUUAUUUAAGCACAUUUUAGCUCUUAUGCGUUGUAACCUCCUGAUCUGGAAAAACAUAUAAAUCACAUGUUGUAUGGGGCUGAAUUUGAGGAAAAAAUAAAUACUAUGCUAUUUUUUUUGUGUGCCACUAAAUGAUACGCAUUUGUUAUUCAGUCAAUAACGUGAACUUAUCCCUGAUGCCAUGAAACAGAGUUACACAUAAUUCAUUCUUACAAAGUAGAAUGUGUUAUAUUUUAAAAUUCAGAGCAAAAGGAAUUUUGACAUUUAUUUUAUUAAAACUACUUUAUUUCUGUUUUAUUAUAUGCCACCUACCUCAUAUUUCAGUUUCUGAAUGCAUGUAAUUCACACCACUUGUUUCCUCCUACCUGUGUACAAAAUCUCACUAUGGACAUUUAUGAAUAAAGAUACACUGUUACGCUA